UGUCUAUGGACAAAUGCAUCGAUAUGUCUGUCGCGUUUCCCGUGUUGCCCUUGACUCCAUCCUUAUAAUUACUGUUUUUAAAAAGUUUUCAUUUAUUCUGGAGAACAUUUAAUUACAUGGAAUUUAUUAAAUAACUACAAGUGCUUUUUAAUGUGAUUUGAGUGUGUUACGUUGUGGUGAAGAGUAAAAUUCGUGUAGCGUCACCUGACUGGACUCAUUGUCAUUUCCCGCCAUUGUGGCUUUGCUAAAACUAAUUUCGAUUUUUUCAUAACAAAUCUAAAAUAAUUUAGAUGUGGAAUUAAUAAUUUGUGUUGUUUCGUGCCUGAGUAAUGUCAUUACACGGUAAUGACGUUUGUUUACUAGAAAUAGAAGACUACAAUUUGUACGAAGAAGAAGCAUCUGAUCACGCUAAUUCAAGAAGCGACAAAUUGACAACAGGUAGCAAAACCAUGGAAGCGGAGAAGCGAAUUCGGCGCGAAAUCGCAAACAGCAAUGAAAGGAGGAGAAUGCAGAGUAUCAAUGCAGGUUUUCAAGCAUUGCGCACUUUGCUACCACGUCAUGAAGGCGAAAAACUUAGUAAAGCUGCCAUAUUACAACAGACUGCUGAAUACAUCUACUCACUAGAACAAGAAAAAACGAGACUAUUAUCUCAGAAUUGUCAACUGAAAAGGUUGCUGAAUCAACAUGAAGGGGGAGACAUACCUCUGAAGAAAAGAAAAAGUGAGAUCAUCACCCACGUUCCUUCCAUAAUACCAGAUUCAACUGACGAUACAGUAACAAACUCAAGAUCACCAGAACCUGUGCCAGUUAUAACAGUUUCAGGAGUUACUCAGAAGAAGGAGUCUGAAAGUGGAGAACUGCGAGUGCAGCUCGACAGAGAGAGACAAUUGCGCCGUCUACUCGAAGAUCGUCUCACCAGCAUGGAAACACAAAUCACUCACACUGUAGUCCAUUUUGAAGAAACAGAAGCAACUGACUGUAAAAUGGAGAAAGAACAAGAGGAAAAAGCACCUCCACCAGAACCUGAAAGACCUGUUGUUGCAGCACCAUUACUGGAAGCAGCUAUCAAGGCUGAGCCACGGGUGGAAGUAGAGGUGCUCCCUGAUGCUGCCCAUGAUGCUCCUUCACGUUUGUAUCUUCCUAGCACGAGCCGCCAGAACUUGGAGACCAUUGUGGAGGCCAUCAGACAUUUGGAGGGUGAUCAUUUGUUCAGAGAGGAGGGCACUGAUGCUCCUCUUGCGUUGACAAAAAAAAUUGAACGUGCACCGCCACAUCGACCAGGGGUCAUAGUAGUGAAGCAUUCGUGAUUGCAUUGAACUAGUCUUGUACUUUCAACUCGAUAAAUCGAUUCUAUUUGAAGAGACCUCACCCUCCUCGAAUAUUUUUUUUUUAGUUGUAUAAACGUCUUUUUCCAAAGUGACAAAUCUAUAAGUCUGUGUUUUGUUUAUAAUGCUUCGAAGUAAGUAGAGUGUGAGAUUAAUGUUUGAUGCAUGAAGUGACGUAAGUCGAUUGGCGCUGUGCUUAGUUUAGUCUCAAAUUAAUUAUGUUUUACAAUUAGUAUUGAUUUAAUCAGGCUUAUUACAUUUAUUGAUUGGACGACGAUUGACUGAUUUUGAUAAGAAUAGCUGAAAAUGUCUAGUGCCUAAUGCAACAUGCCGCGUGCCAAUAUAAUUUUGUGAAAAGUCAUUCACAUACAUUUAGUUUCUUCACUAGUUGCACGUUUAGUUUCUUUAGCUGUCUCAUGAUGGAUGUAUAUUGGAAUGUGAGUAGCAAUAAUGCUGAGGGCGUAAGCCUUAAGGAGUUGUUGGAAGUGGAACAGCAAUAAUUAAGGGUUACUUAUUUCAAAAAUAUAAUUAUGUAAAGAUAGAUAAUAUGCUUUGUGGGCAUGCGGCUUUUAUACAGGGUGUUACUUGGCAAGGUAAGGUGAACAAAUUUGAAUUCUUCAGAACAUGGAUAGAAUAAAAUACUUAUCAGUAAUAAAAAUGAGAAUAGUGACAUAUAUCUUUAUUAAUAAUUUUAUGAAUUAAUUUGGGAAUUAGUAUUCCAAUUCAAGUUGUAUUAAAUUUUGCAAGUCAAGUUGAAAAGUCGAAUUUUUUCAACUUCCAUUGAUUAUGCUUGCUAGUAAAAUAACACCCUGUAUAAAUAUAAUUUCUUUAUACUUUGAUUUAUGCCAACUGUAGACAGGAUGUGUCUGACGAAUACUAAUCUUAAUAGUUAAUGCCCUGCUAGCAUAUUUACACUUUUAGUGUAAAAAAUUAAGACACCUUAUAGUAGAAAAUAUUUAUUUUAACAUUUAUAACUCAUACAAAAUGUAAAUCUACAAUGAAAUAACUAAUAUUAUAUUUUAAUCCAGUGUAGUGUUAGAAAAAAAUCCAGUGACUUCAUAUUUGAUAUUGGUAACUUAUUGUUGCUGGCAAACCUUAAUUUGUGUAAUGCAUUCCAAACUAUUCUGUGCCCUUUAUAUGUAUGGUGUAAAGGAAUAAUUGAAUAUCAUUACUAAGCUCUGAUAGAUAAAGGAUUGGAAAUGUGAUGGAAAAAUUAAAAAAGUAUAAAUAAGUUAUUAUAAUAAUUAACAAGCAAUCUUUUUCCCAUAAAUACAUAAUUAUAUCAAAUCAUUGUACAGUAUAAUGUAUUGCUCUGUGAGUGGGGGAUUGAAGUAUUUUAUCACUACAUUUUGUCUAUAGAUAAUUUUCCCUUGUGCAACAUGUGCAUAUUUAUUUGAAUGGAUGAAGAAUACCCCUCCGCCUGCUCAUCUCUCAUUCCCUUCUGUCGUCAUACCGUUGCAACCAACAAUAUUUUAUUCUAUAGAUAUGUUACAAAAUGUGAUCCGUAUUUAGUACUCCUACUCCACUGAGCAUACACAUGCACAAUUUUGUGUUUACUUACAUUAUUUAUUAUAAGUAUAUAGUUUUUACACUUCCUGAAAAUACAACUCAAAAUUGUAGACAAUAUUUAGAUAUUAUUUGUUUAAAUAACUUUCGUUGUUUAAUAAGCAACUAAAUGAAAUUAAGACAAUUAUGCACAUAUGUCAGCUCUAGUGUUCUAUCUCUAAUAUAAAAUAUUAUUGGUUGCAACACUGUACCACGCAGGCGAUGACCGAGAUUUGUGAUUUGCAUACACUGAGAUAGUUUGAACGUAAAUAUCAAGGAUUUAUACACUAAGAAAAUCGAAUGAUAUAUGCCAGAUAAGGUAAAUAAAACAUUUUUUUGCAUUAAACAUCCUAUAUGGGUGUUUACCAUGACCUGACUGAAAAUUUUACUAUGAAAUAUGUUAUAAAAUCAAUAAUACAAUUUUGUAAUCACUAUUUCAAAUUUCAUUAUUUGUAGGAUAAUUGUGUAAAAAUUAACAAAUCACAUUGCUACUCAAUGUUAUCGGAAUCUCGUAUAUGAGAUGAGACUAUCAAGUUGCAUCAUAUGCGUAAUGUAUUUACUGUGAACAGCUUUAUAGGCAGGCCUAUGCUGUUUCCAGAUCUUCAGUGUGAAGAUUGGACUGGUAUUGAAGUAUCAAGUGUAGUCCUCGGACCAAUUGCCUUUUAUUGAACUUUUAUCUUAUUCAAAUUCACUAACAAAAUAGUUUUUUUGAGGGGGACACAUCAAUCUCAUAUUAAAAAGUGGAUGCACAAUCAUCAACCAAAAAAUGUCUCUACUCAAUGAGUGCCAAACACAACUUCUUGGCACUCAAUUCAAGUAGACGCAUUUGCAAAUUCAACCUUAAAUUCAAUUCUUAAGAUUGAAUUUCCUUUGAAUUUGGGAUUUUAUUGAAUAUUGGACUAUAUUUAAAGGCCUUUAGGUAUAAUUUUCUUUACCAAUAAUUCUAAAACUGCCAAAGUAAAUUGGCCAGUUUUUAUGUGACAUUUUCUACAUUAUGCGUCAUUUUAUUAUAAGAGGUCAAUGGGGGGACAAGGUAAAAUCACACAUCGAAAAUAUUUGACGCCCAUUAAAUAUAUUGUGCUCUUACACUACACACAACUAUAAAUUUUAAAUCAUAAUACACACGUGUAAUUUUAAGAGAUGAACAUGUUAGAUCAUAAUCAUACAGUUUUGACAGAGGGGUAACCUCUAGCGAGGCAGGUCCUGUAUAAGGUAAUUGGUCUGAGAGUGUAGCCUAAUGUAAUGCUAAUGAAUCAUCAAUACAUCUUAGAUUGGUGUGUAAAGUGUUUUUAUAGUUUAACUUUACUAGGUGUAGAUAACUUCAGUUUAAACUUGUGUAUAAAGUGGUUUUAACGUUUGCUUCAUUGUGCUGACCCAUUUUUUUUUUUUGUUGAAAACGUUUAACCAGCAGUGCUUUUUUUUUGUUAAUAUCUUCUUAAGUUUUAAUGUAUUUUAAGUUAGACUCAGUAACAGAGUGAUGUACAAUGUAUUGUAUAAAAUAGUGCCGUGGCCCUGCUUAAAGGGUCAUAUGAAUUUAUUAAGACUGAUCAUUAAUUCAUUGUUAAGUUACGCUAGUUCGAGCCACAAUAUUGGUUGUAUUUGUGUGUAUGUGUGGGUUUUUCAUUAUGUAGUUAUUUAUAUGUGUGUAUGAUAUUGUGAUAUUGAUGUAUAUUAGACAAUUAACUGACAGUUUUACGUGAGAUUCGUUAUGUAAUAUCAACUAGCAAUAACUGAGUCAAUCUUGAUAUAAAACAAUUUAAGAUUAAAAUUUAAAUUAUAAUGUAGAAUCUCCCUAACUCUGUUAGUUUGUAUGACAUAAGCUUAUCGUUUGUGACUGUUGUUGUAUGUAAUUUAUUUUUGCAUUUGUGUUUCUAACCUUAUACUAGGAACUGCAACAAUUGAUAAUAAUAAUAUUUAAUUGCAGAGUUCAUUUCUUUGAAUAGUAAUAAUUGUAAUAAUGAUUGGGACUGUCAAAGGACGAGUUAUAUCGGACUACAGACAGCAGCUACAGGUGACAAUACUGGUUUCUAUGUAUUUGAAUGAAAUAUCUUCCAAACAUUGUGUUGCUAGCCACAAGGUAUUUUAAAGAAACCAGUAGUGUCGCCUGUUCUAACUGUCUGUAAUCUGCUUCGACUCUUUGCCUUUUUUUUUAUAAUGCUGGACAUGGUUAUUUGUAUUUUUUUUUUUUGUUAAAAACAAAUGAUGUUUUCAGUGUGUUAUUUAUUUAUAAACGAGCAAUAGCUUGUAAUAUUUAUGUGUACUUGACAUUUUAUGAAAUUCAAUAUUAUGACUAAUUUGACAACAUACAUUUUUAUAAUUUUUUUCAUUCACUCUGAAGUGAAGAGUAUGAAAUAGAUUUUAUUUUAGUGAAACAUUGUGACAGUAAUGAACUCUGCUAUUGAAUGCCGACGACGUAUGGAACUGACUCCACACUCUGUUUCUGAGUCCGUAGUUAUAAGGAGUUGUCUGCGUCCCGCCUUUUUAUAUUGUCAGUAUAGGAUAAUACAAUGUAACAUAAACGGACUUGGUUAUACUAUUAGUGUAGUCAAAGUAUCUAGUUGAUAAGAGAUUUUAAGUCAAAGAAAGCAAGUUAAAUUGUUUAAAAUGUGUUAUUAUUUAUGUCUUAAAGUAUUAAAAUGGUUAUUUCUUAUUAAUUAGUUUGUAAAUGAUAAUCACCAGUAUAUUAAAAUACAGCUUUCUUUCACAUGUCUUUAAAACCAAUAAAGCAGCGUUUUAUUGUGUAAGAGUGAGUUAUUGAAAAACCAUAAUACAUAUAUACCUGUCUAGUAUAAUGGUAAUACUUGAAAAAUUAUGGUAAUAUCAGAAUCUGUUUGAUUUAGCAAUAAUGUUUUAUUGGAUUUAUAGUCAAAUGAUAAUGAUAAAAUAACUUACUACCAUUUUCUACACUCUAUCUCAUAUUUUGUUUUAUGUUAGCAUUGUAUGAUAUAAUCACAAAAAUAUUAAUCAACAAUCAUACAAUUUGCUCUGCAUUUUUAUAUUAGUUUUUUUUUUAAAGUAUAAUUAUUUUAAGAAGCUCAAAUUCAGUUUGACGAGUCUUCGCACUUAGAGAUGGGGUGAAUAUACAAUUUUAGUGUACAGUAUAUAAUCGAAAAACCACCUUGCUUUUUUACCAUAAAUAAACUUUGUAAGUAGAUAAUAGGCGAAUCGUAAACGAUAUCUUCACCUCAUUCCUAACAGACUCAAGUUCCUAUACAUUAUAGAUAGUUAUGGUAAAAAUAUUUUUUACAGCUCGUAAUUAGGAUAAUAAUGAUAAAGUGUAGAAAACGAUGUUUCCUUUUUUAUAUAAAGUUGGUAAAUAUUUCCUCUGAUUUUAAUUGUACCACAUUUGAACUACAUUUAUGAAUAUUUAUAAAAUAUUGAUA